AUGAUUGUUGUUGAGAAAAAAUUGAAGAUGGAAAAAUAUAUUGGAAAAACAACUGCAGAUGCUUGGUGUGAUUGGGUAAAGUCAGUUGCGGGAUUGUUUGGAUUAAAAUUGAAUUUGUGUGUCAACUUCACCUUCGAUGGUGCUUCGACAAUGAUCUCUGAUGAAGGUGGUCUUGCAAGAAAGUUCAUUGAAUUUAUGAAAUCAAUUGGUAUUGAUGUUAAUGGAUUCGAACCAAAUUAUUGUUUCAAUCAUCGAUUGAGUAAAGCAGUUGAAAAAAUGGGAACGACGUUUUAUGGGUGUCUCGUGAAGAAAUUUUUAUACAAAUUAACGGGAGCCAACGUGAGGAUGAAUUGGGAAUCUUAUUGUAAAGAAAAAGGAAUUGAAAAAGAAGCCUUGUCAAUUUUUCAAUAUAGCAACACUCGGUUUCUAUAUAUAGCGACAAUAUCUAAUAUGGUAUUUGACAAUCUCAACGAACUUCAAGAUUUUACAAGGAACCAAAAGAACUGGAAAAUCGAAAUGCCUAAACCGAAAAGAAGGGAAAGCAGUGCCAAACAACAAAACAAAAAUGAUAACGAAAACGACAACUUCGAAUAUGAUGGCAUUGACGUCUCGAGACGGCUUAUCAAAACUGCGACUUUGGACGACGACAAGUUUGUAGCACUGCUGUUCUUCGUUAAUUUCGUUACGAGUCAGGUAAAAGUUCUCAGUGACCGGCUCCAAAAAUCGUGCCUUUCCUUUGCUGUUUCCCAUGAACGUGUGCUUGAAGUCAUCGAGAAUUUAAUCGAACUUAAAAAUGACAUCUAUCAACGCUCAGAAGAAAAACUCUUUAACAUGCCUUACAUCCACAAAGUCAAAUCCACAGAAAGAGUUCAAUUUCGUGAUAUUUGUCUGGGGUUGCUUUAUCGUUUAUUACAAACACUUUCUGUUCGAUUCACUCUUCCAACCAAAAAACUCAAGCCAAGCCAAAUAGCGCUCAACGGAACAACAAAUGAAACAACCAUUAGCAUUAACACAUUUGAUGACUUUGUUAAACUCGGAGACUCUUUUCGAAACGAGAGUUUUUUGCUUUCCGUCCGCACUUGUUUGUUGCCUGUCUUCAGAAAGGUGAAAUCUAAAAUAUCCGAGGAUCUCAGAUUGGAAAUUGUUCAAUUCAAUCAGUGGAUGGACUCCCACAAAGUGCAAAUGACCAAAUUAAAAAGCAGAGACAAAGAACUCAAUAAAGAACAAUUGAUUAGACUUCAAAAGGCUACACAGCCAGUGAGGAUUUCCAAAGAAGCCAAAGACAUUAUUUAA